AUGGUGGAACUUCAAUGGCUUUUGAAGAACAACUAUGACAUAGUUUUAGCUGUACUUCUUUCAUGUGUUGUCUUAAGUUUCCUUACCAAUAAAAAGAGGAAAUCAGUGGACACGAUCCCUGGAAGACUUGGUCUUCCUCUCAUUGGCGAAACAUUAUCCCUUCUUUCAGCUGCUAAUAGUAGCAAAGGUUGCUAUGAAUUUGUUCGUAUUCGGAGACUAUGGCAUGGAAACUGGUUCAAAACGCGACUGUUUGGCAAAGUUCAUGUAUUUGUCCCAAGUGUAGUGGGUGCAAAAACAAUUUUGACAAAUGAAUUUAAGCUGUUCAACAAGUGUUUGGUGAAAUCAAUGGCAGAUGCUGUUGGGAAGAAAAGCUUGCUUUGUGUACCAGUUGAAAGUCAUAAACGAAUAAGACGCCUUCUUUCUGGUCCUUUCUCCAUGGAAUCUUUAUCCCAGUUUGUUCAGAAGUUCGAUAAGUUGCUCUCCUUAAGAUUCAAGAAGUUGGCUGAAGAUGGUAAGAGUUUUGUGGCUCUUGACUUCAGCAUGAAGAUAUCAUUUGAUGCAAUGUGUGACAUGCUGAUGAGCAUCACGGACGAAUCCUUGUUGAAAAAUAUAGAACAAGAUUGUACAACUAUUUCAAAUGCGAUGCUCUCAAUUCCAGUCAUGAUUCCUGGCACUAGAUACUACAAAGGCAUGAAGGCACGUGAAAGACUUAUGAACCUUUUCAAAGAAAUGAUUUCUAGUAGACGUAGUAGCAAAGAACCUUGUGAAGACUUCUUGCAGUCAAUGCUACAGAGAGACUCAUUUCCAGCUGAUGAGAAGCUUGAUGAUUCAGAACUUAUGGACAACAUGCUAACGUUAAUAUUAGCUGGGCAGACUACCACCGCAGCUGCAAUGAUGUGGAGUGUAAAGUUCUUAGAUGAGAACAAAGAAGUCCAAAACAAGUUAAGAGAAGAACAGUUGUUGAUACAAAGAAAUAAACCAGGAGGGGCUUUACUUUGUCUCGAGGAUCUGAACAAGAUGUCUUAUGGUUCAAAGGUUGUCAAAGAGACCCUGAGAAUGGCAAAUGUGUUGCUAUGGUUCCCUCGUGUUGUGAUUGAUGACUGCAAAAUUCAGGAUUUUGAGAUAAAGAAAGGAUGGCAUGUUGAUAUAGAUGUUACUCACAUACAUUAUGAUCCAACAUUAUACAAGGAUCCUUUGCAGUUUAAUCCAUCUAGAUUUGAUGAAAUACAAAAGCCAUAUUGUUAUAUACCUUUUGGAUCUGGGCCUAGGACAUGCUUAGGAAUCAAUAUGGCAAAGGUGACAAUGUUGGUAUUCUUGCAUAGGCUAACAUGCGGAUACAUGUGGACUGUCAACGAUCAAGAUCUUAACUUAGAAAAGAAAUCCCACAUCCCUAGACUGAAAAGUGGAGUUCCAAUUACAUUAACUGCUUUAAAAGAUGAGAAUUGA